GUUUGGGAGUAUCUCGGAUAAAAUUAUGGAGUCGUCUGCUAGUGGAAAAUGUUUAGGUAAAACAUCGAAAAUUUUGUCAUGUAUGUGCAUCAAUAAUCAGUGAACGUAAGACAAUGUAUGCGCAAGGAAGCACAUCACCUGAUCCAUUUAUUGCUGCGUUUGGAAAUCCGUUGUUGGAUUUGUGUGUAAUUAUUAAUGACAGUGAAAUUUUGAAUAAAUACGGUCUGCAGAUUGACGGACAGGCGGAAAUUACCGAAGAAGAAUUAGGCAUAGUAGAUGAUAUUCGAGUAAGAUAUUCGCCGCAGUACAGUGCGGGUGGAGCAGCGCAAAACUCAUUACGGGUAUUUCAGUGGCUCGUUAGAGAGCCAUUUAAGUCGGUCUACUUCGGUGGUAUCGGGACCGAUGACCGAGGUGCGCUUCUUGAACGCCUGGUAAAAGAUGCUGGCGUCAGUACCAGAUAUUCGUACAAUCCUGGUUAUCCCACUGGAACUUGCAUUGCCCUCAUCAAUGGUGAGCACAGAUCACUGGUGGCUCACAUUGGGGCAGCAACCAAAUAUGACGGUUCAUUACUGGAUAGCAAGGAUGUAACUAAAUUACUAGAGCGUAUAAAAGUGUUGUACAUCGAAGGCUUCUUCUUGACUCACAGUUUUCCGGUGUGUGUUAGACUCAUUGAGAUAUGCAAAGUAAACAAGAUACCUUUAAUCUUCAAUUUAAGUGCUCCGUAUGUUUGUGAAAGUCAUACACAUGAGGUAACUGAGCUUGUUAAGGGUGCUAACAUCAUAUUUGGAAAUAGUGCGGAGUUUUAUUCCCUUGCCAAGCAGUUGAAUAUUAAAAACAGUAGCUUAAAAGAUAUUGUUGUGAAACUUAGAGAAAAUUUUUAUAAUUCUCUUGAUGAGAGUAAACUGCAGCAUUGUGAUGUAUCACAGAUCUUGAAGGAAGGGAAAUUGAUUAUUGCUACUCAGGGCAAAAAUUCUGUUGUUUGUGUUUAUGGGAAAACAAGUACAGUUUUAGAAGUAAAAGUUGUAGAAAUGGAUCUCUCACAAGUGAAAGACACCACAGGUGCUGGAGAUUCUUUUGUGGCUGGUGUUCUUGCAGGUAUCUUCCACAACUGCAGUCUGGAAACCUGCAUUCAUUUGGGAUGUUGGGCUGCUCAGGAAAUUAUUAAGCAGAUUGGCUGUACAGUCCCUCCUUAUCCUCCAGACGGUGCAAGAAAGUUCUUAGAGGGGUAAUGUUUUGAAAUUGUGAUCUGAGUAGGAUACUUAAUUAUUUUGGGAUCUAGAUUUAAAUAAAGUGUUACAAAAAAUAAAUGCAAUUUGUUAUAGUUUCUUUCACUUAAAGACAGCAGGACCCUUUUCUACAUGUGAAACUCAAAGCAUCAUAUAGCUUGUGUGUACCUGAGUAAAACUGUUAGUCAAAUUUCAAUAUUUUAUUUUAUUUGUAACCACGGAGAAAUUUUGCAAAGAGGAUUGAGAGAUAUCUUUACCUUUUUAACAAAAAUAUAACGGAGUAAAGUACAAACCCUGCCACUAUUUGAGCCACUGUCUACAUAUAAGUAUUUCUAUUUGAUACUUUGGUUGAGAAGUUGUCUCACUGUACUCAUAGUUCCCAAGUGCAAUAUUGUCAUUAUAUAAUGCUGAAGAAUGGACAACAGUGAAAUUAACCAUCGAACAGGUGCGCCUUUGUGUGCCAACCACAAAUAACAUUGUCUUGUACCAUUUCAUUAUUGCCUCAGCUGAGUGCUAAGUUGUGUUGUCAUAUGUCCAAGUGAACAGCAGUAAUAUAAAAUCAGCUGCAUGCUAGGUGAGGGAAAAUGUACAAUCCAUAAAAGAAAAUGUCUCAGAUUCUGAACUAGUGGCACAAUCCUACAACAAGGCAGUUGUAUAUGAGACAAUUAGCAGUCUAAUAAGUGAUUGGAUGCAACUGCAUUGUUUAAUGCUUCAAGUGUGUCAUUACUAUGGGGUAAGAAUUGUAUGCAGUAUCAGACUGAUAUAAUGGAAGUUUAUUUUAUUAUUUUUUAAUUCAACUGUGAUUUUGUUCAUUUAUGCUUACCUUGGUAACAUGAAGACAGCUGUUCAUUAAAUGUAUACAAAGUGUGAUGUGUGCCUGCUUGAGGGUUAAUUGCACCAGAGAUAUGUUUUUCAUGGAUGAUAUUCAUAUCAGUAAGAAUUGUCAGUCAGCUAUAACAUUAUCACAUUGUGGAGUAAUGUUGUGGCUCUAUUGUUGCAUUUCGUAGAAUGUUUUCUUUUAUUCUUAGUUACUUAGAAUAAAAAUAUGAUUUCCUUC